CAUGCGGGCGGCCGGGCCGGUACCGGGCAGCCGUCCCGCUCCUGCUCCAGCGCUGCCCCCAGCGGGCCGGGGCCGGGGCCCCCGCCGGGCGCGGGCCUCCUUCGUGGACGAGUCGCUCUUCGGCAGCCCCGCCGGGGCCCGCCCGCAGCCGCCUGCCUUCCCUCCGCCCUGGGCGGCAGCGGCAGGGCCCGGGGACGGCGGCGGCGGACCCCGGCCAAGGAGUAAGUGCAGGUUGAGGAGCCACACUCCGUCCUUCUGCGACGAGUCCCUCUUCGGUGCCAAGCCCGGCAGUCCGGCCUGGGCAGCACCCUGCCUGGGGAAGGGAGACGUAGCCAAGCUCCAUGCGCUGCUCUGGAGCCCCCCGCCUGCCCCCCGGCCCAGCCCGGCGCCCCGCUGCCGCCGCGCUCCGCUGCGAGCCGUCCGCCCGCCCGCCCCCGCCGCCCCGGCAGCUGCGGGCUCGCCGCUGAGCCGUGAGGACAAGCCCUGCCUCUGGAAACGUCCCGAUUCUUGCCCCGCGGGCCGGGGUGCUCCGGGCAGAGGGCGUUCGCAGUCUCUCAGCCGGCUGAACGCUCCCUCGGAUGGGCUCUGCCUGACCUCAGACGGUCCCAAGAAGGAAAUGUGUGAAAAACAGAGGCCUCUGACUGCCCCUGCGGCCCCCCCAGGACCUCUGGUGAGGGCUCGGUCCAAAAGCAUGUCCAGACCUCCUCUGGACAGGAGCAGCUCGGCAGUGAGUGGCUGCAAACCCAGGCCUCCUUGGAAAUGAAGCCAGAUGUCCUUCUGGAUGGAACUACAGCUUUAACCGACCCGAGCUGGGGCUUCUCCUCCUGGUAUUGGGAGGCUGCUCUGAGGCUCCCCAAAACCUUCCCUUCUCCCAGCUGAAUGCUCCCCAUCUCCUCAGCCUCUGCACAUGGGAUGUGUGUUCCAGCUCUGAGCAUCUUGGUGGCUUUCUGCUGGCCUUGCUCUGUUUCAUCAAUGCUUCCAACAGCCUCCUUUGGCGAGGAGGAAGGGAGGAUGAGCGCAGAGGUGAGGAACGGCAUCGUCCCGCUUUCCUGCUGCUGCUGGGGUUCCCCCAGGUUGGAUGAGGUUUGUGACAGACAAGGACCUGCCAAAGGGAUUUCAGCAGGUUCUGGUGCUGAGGAGGUGCAGAGUGGAUGUGUCGUGCCCUGGGUGUGCUGAGGGUUGUGAGGUGCCUGUCACCAAAUAAAUGAUGCAAGGCAAA